AUGCCCCGUCGCCCGCUUGAAUCCCAUAUCUCACCACUCCCCGCCAUGGAAUUCCACGAUAAGCGCACCAUGCUGCCCAGCUACAGCCCAGCAUGGCUCAACAGCGAGCAGGUCUCCUACCACGACCUCAAUGCACGGCUUGGGAGGGUCUAUCGCAGCAUAAAGCGGUCGGUUCUCACUAUCUUCACCGGCUCGUCGAUUUCCACAUCCCAUGCACACCGACACUCCCUUGCUAAAUCAUCACUCACUUCGGUGCAACCAACCCAAUCAUCGACCACAGUAUUUGUUCUUCUGUGUUGUCUAUGGUACGCCUCGUCGGCCUUGUCCUCGAACACGGGCAAGUCUAUCCUCACACAGUUCCGCUACCCGGUCACCCUCACUUUUGUGCAAUUUGGAUUCGUGGCCUUCUAUUGCCUUCUGUUCAUGUCACCGGUGAUACGCUUCAGCAAACCAAGGGCACCAACUCUCGCAAUUUUGCGCAGCACCCUGCCAAUGGGCAUAUUCCAAGUUGGAGGCCAUAUUUUCUCAAGCAUCGCAAUAUCACGGAUCCCUGUCAGCACUGUGCACACCAUCAAAGCUCUUUCACCGCUUUUCACCGUGGCCGCUUAUGCGUUUCUGUUUGGGGUUAGCUACUCCGCUCGCACCUAUGUGUCUCUCCUACCGCUCACGAUUGGUGUCAUGCUCGCAUGUUCCUUCGAUAUGUCUGUCUCGAACGCUAUAGGGUUGCUUUGCGCGUUCGGCUCGGCGUUGGUCUUCGUCUCGUCCAACAUAUUCUUCAAGAAGAUCAUGCCCACAAACGCCUCCCACAGCCACCAUCACUUGGAUAAAUUGAACCUACUGCUGUAUUCUUCCAGCAUGGCAUUCGUACUAAUGAUCCCCGUAUGGAUGUAUUACGACCUCCCCAGCUUGCUCGCCGCGAGUGCGGAUCCAUCUCACGUCGCCCAUCCUGCCCAAGGACACGCUGCACCUCACUCAGUGUAUUACUACUUCUUCAUGAACGGCACCGUGCAUUUUGCCCAAAACAUCAUCGCCUUCGUCAUCCUCGCCUCCACAUCCCCCGUCACCUACUCGAUAGCGUCGCUCAUCAAGCGUGUUGCUGUUAUAUGCAUCGCCAUCGUCUACUUCCAACAACCGAUCUAUUUUAUCCAGGGUAUCGGCAUCACCUUGACAUUCACCGGGCUUUACAUGUACAACUCAGCCAAGGGGGAUGUAGAACGCGGCGAGCGCAAAGUACGACGGGUUGAGGCAGCGAGGGAUCUCAUGCUCCCCACCGCGCUUACGAAGGAAGAGAAGGUAGAAACUGGGAUGGAUGUUGUGGAGGAAAUCAGCGCUGCGACUAGUGGAACAGGGAUUUCGUCGAUAUACGGGCGGCCGCGCGCAGCUUCGAUAGCUCAAGCAGCCCACUCGCAUUAUUAUGAUCACCAUCCUCGACCCCUGCACUCUACUCUCGCAGCUGCACCCCACCUCACCUCACCAAUCGGGCUCACGAUUUCAACGCACCCUAUGCACGAUAAGAUUGACUCUACCCACCCGGCGUUCUCCCCGCCUGCCUCAUAUCCCUCGCCGCCCCCGUCCAUCGACUCCCCUCCAUCACAACCCGUACCAUUGCCGUACGAUGCUCGGGCUUUUGACAGUAAACACUAUAGACAAGAUAGCUUUGGGCAUACUUACACUGUAUCACAAUUCCCGGUCGUUGGGGCGUAA